AUGGCGCUCAAGCGCGGGAACGCGCGCGCGCGUAUAUACAUCGCGAAGCGCGGGAAUGCUGCAGGUAGCAUACAGAGUGAUGCUGCAAGUCGUGCUGUGUACUCCCUAGUGAAAGGUGCCAUAUCACACCAUGUGAGGCACGAGUCUCUACAACGUUCAUCUGCAUUUUUUCAAUAUAUGACCAAAGUCUUGAUGCAAACUCAGAAUGAUGAGUACAAGAGCAAUUUAAUUCUCUCCAAAGGUCUUGACUUUGUUGAAGAAGAAGAGCAGAUUACACAUCAAACUUUCAAGUUUAAUCCUAAUGACCUGGGGAAUGAGGAAGAAUACACAUCUGUCAAGGCAAAGAUUCAAAAGAGCCAUCUGGCCACUAUUCGCUUAUGUAUAAGGUUGAGGUGCACUGUAUUUGAGACCUACUCUUCUCUUGCUUUUUGA